AUGAGAGCUUACUCCGCGACGGCGACGGCGGUGGCUGCUGUGGCGGCGGCUUCUCUGCCGUCGGCCGCGCCGCCGCUGACGCCCGACGCCGCCGCGGUGCUGUCGAGGGCCGCAGCGGACGCGUCGAGGCGGCGGCACGCGCACACCACGCCGCUGCACGCGGCGGCGGCGCUGCUGUCCGGGCCGGCGCCGCUCCUCCGCGACGCGUGCGUGGCGGGGCUCGCGUCGCCGCACCCGCUCCGGUGCCGCGCGCUCGACCUCUGCUUCGCCGUGGCGCUCGACCGCCUCCCGACGUCCACCGAACACCAGCAUAACGCCCACCACGACGGCGCCACCUUCCACGCGGCGCCGCCGCUCUCCAACGCGCUCGCCGCCGCGCUCAAGCGGGCGUACGCGCACCACCGUCGCAUCGGCAGCGGCGGCGUCGAGGCGGACGACCACCGCGUCGGCGUGCCCCACCUCGUCCUCGCCAUCCUCGACGACCCGUCCGUCGCCCGUGUCAUGCGCGAGGCCUCUUUCUCCAGCACGGCCGUCAAGGCGGCCAUGCUGAGGUCUCUCUCCGACCCAGCCGCCCCCGACUCCGGCGUCUACGUCAACGCAAGAGUGCUGCACCGGCAAGUGUCCCAUCGAGAGGAGGAAGUAAACAAGGUGGUGGAAGUUCUGAAGCGGGGCAAGAAGCGCAACCCGGUGCUCGUCGGCGAUACGGUGGACGUGGACGCCGUGGUGCAAGAGGUGGUCACCAUGAUACAGAGGCAGCGGCUCGGCAAUGCGCGCGUCAUCUCCUUCCAGAGAGAAUUCGGCGACUUGGUCGAUCUCGACAGGGCAGAGCUCGCCACCAAGAUCAAGGAGCUCGGCGUGGCGAUAAGAUCGGAGCUACUAUCUCCGGCUUCGAAGAGCACCGGCGUGGUGGUCAACCUCGGCAACCUACAGUGGCUCGUCGAGGAGAGAUGCGUGGCUCCCGGCGAGCAGGAGAAGCGGAGGGACAUGGUGCUCGACACGGCGCGAGCCGCCGUGGCCGAGAUGGCGCGCAUCCUGGGGCCCUCCGGCGAGAGCGACCACCGCGUCUGGGUGAUCGGCACGGCGACGUGUGCCACGUACCUCAAGUGCCAGGUGUAUCACCCGGCGCUGGAGAGCGAGUGGGACCUCCAGGCCGUGCCCAUCACGCCGAGGCCUCCGCCGCCGCCGUCGCUCGGCCUCUCGCCGAGCGUCAAUGGAGUUAACAGAGGCAUCCUAAGCAGCUCGGUGGAGGUGUUGUCGUCGGCGAUGACCACCAGUGCAAUGCAAAGGGCGCCGAGCCUGUGCAAUGCCUGCCUCGACGGCUACGAGCGCGAGCGCACCGAGGUGGCGGCGGCGCCCAGCGCUGCUCUCCAUCCCACCGAGCAGCCCAUGUCGCAGUGGCUGCAGAUCGGGACGCCGAGCAGCGCACGGCCACCGCUCGACCGCGCGCAGGACAAGGCGCGGGAGGCUGACGAGCUGCGACGUCGGUGGCUCGACCGGUGCGCGCAGCUGCACUCCCACGGCGCCGGCCGGACGUCGCCGAUGGUCACCUGCUCCGAAUGGAACGGCGCUAGUGUCCUCGCCAAUAUGCAACCUAUGCCAGUAAGGCCGCCGCCACAGGCGGCGGUGGACACCGACCUCGCUCUUGGGCCGGCGGCGUCAACGACGACGACGAGGCCGGCGUGUGACACGGACGAGAAGCUGCUCGUGAAACGGCUCACGGAGGCGGUGCGAUGGCAGCCCGACGCUGCGGCUGCCGUUGCUCGUACGAUCGCGAAGGUCAGGUCCGGUGAAGGGAGGCGGCGGAGCGUGGGGACCAAGGCCGACACGUGGGUCCUCUUCUCCGGCCAUGACGUGUCCGGGAAGACGAAGAUGGCAGAGGCGCUGUCCAUGUCGGUUUUUGGCACGAACGCCGUCACCGUGCGUCUCGGCUGCUCUCAGGCGGCUGCCAACAACGACGGCGGCGAGUCCAUCAUGUCGUGCCGCGGCCGGACGGCGCUGGACCGUGUGGCCGACGCCAUACGUGCCAACCCGUUCCGUGUCAUCGUGCUCGACGCUUUCGACCAAGACGACAGGGUCAUGCACGCAUCCCUACUAAGUGCCAUCGAGUCCGGCCGGCUCGUGGACUCUGUCGGCCGAGACGUCGCCCUCGGCGGCGCCAUCUUCGUCCUCAUGUCGCCCGAUGACACGAGGCGGUGCCAAGAAGAGUUCACCGACUCGCCAUGGAACCUUGAGCUCAGAGUCCGGAACAAAGCACCGAAGCGUAGGCCGGAACAGCCGCUCGACGGCGGAGGCGAUGUCCGGCGCUUGAAACCGCGAAAAGAUUCGCUGCUUCACCUCGACUUGAACCUGUCCAUGUGUGAGGAUCACACCGACGACGACGACAGCGGCGGCGAGGAAUCACGGAACUCGUCCAGUGACCUGACGGUGGAGAACGAGCAGGAGUACGGCCAACCCGCCGCCAAGUCCUCAACUCCGUCGAGCAUCUCCGAGCUCAUCAAAGCCGUCGAUGGAACGGCGGUGUUCAAACCCGUCGACUUCGGCCCGCUCAAACGGAGCGUCUCCGACGUGGUAUCGGCGAAGUUCGGAGACGCCGCCGGCGGCGGCUGGUCCGUUCACGUCGACGACGGCGUCCUGGACAGGCUGGCCGGCGCGGCGUGGACGGCCGGAGCCGCGUCCGCCACGUCGUUGGAGGCGUGGGCCGACGAGGUGCUGUGCCCUACCAUACGGCAGUUGAAGCGUAGCCUAAGCGCCAACGAUGUCGACGGUGCAACGGUGAGCUUGUCGGCCGUGGAAGGCGGCGGCCGGCGGAAGGACGGCGAAGUUUUCCCGACGACGGUGACCGUCGCCGUCGACGGAAACUGAAGCAUGCAGUCCAUCCAGCCAGCAUGCACGUGUUCACCUUUUUUUUUGGCGGGUUAAAAUGGUCAUCAAUAUGAUCAUGAUCAUUGUACAUUUAGUACAUGUAAAUAAUGUUCAGCAGUCAGACGUUAGAGAUGUACUGGGGCUAGAAACUAGUUGUUGUUUUUGAUAAUCACAUUUUGGAUUCAUUUCAACGAGACAAUUAAAAGCAUGCGUGGAUGGGUCCCUCGUAUGCCAUUGCCAGUCCU